CAUCUCUCUCUCUCUCUCUCUCUCUCUGCAAUGGGUGGCCAAAGACUCACUGCACUCCUCUUCCUUGCCUUUCUCUUCCACUCCCCUUCCUCUGCCAUGCCUGGCAAGAAAACCAAGCAUCACCACCCUUGCAAGAGCUUGGUCCUCUACUUCCAUGACAUCAUUUACAAUGGCAAGAACUCUAAGAAUGCAACGGCGGCGAUCGUGGGAGCACCGGCGUGGGCUAACAAGACCAUUUUGGCCGGACAGAACCAUUUUGGUGACUUGGUCAUAUUUGAUGACCCAAUCACUCUAGACAAUAAUCUUCACUCCAAGCCAGUAGGGCGUGCCCAAGGUUUCUAUCUUUAUGAUAAGAAAGAAAUCUUCACGGCUUGGUUGGGCUUUUCUUUUGUUCUAAAUAGUACUGACCAUAAGGGUACUAUUAAUUUUGCUGGAGCUGAUCCCCUUAUGAACAAAACUAGAGACAUUUCAGUUAUUGGUGGUACUGGUGACUUUUUUAUGACACGUGGAAUUGCGACGGUGAUGACAGAUGCCUUUGAAGGAGAGGUUUAUUUCCGUCUUCGUGUUGAUAUCAAUUUGUACGAGUGUUGGUAACUGUUUUGCAUCUCAAUUAAGGCCGAAGGGCUUGUUAAGAGAUUUCUCUACUUCAUGGGUGAAGGAAAAUUUGAUUCUUAUUAUUUU